GGGGCUGGGCCGCGGUUCUCCCUGCUCGGGGGGUUGCCAGGGUCUGAGGGGGGCAAGGCCGGGGCUUCAGGAGCUUGUAGGAGCCCCAGCGCCCUUCGGUAACUGUUUUGAAGAGGUUAAAUAUGGAUGUGUCUUAGAAUGUAAAUGCUUGAGGGAGAACGUAACCUUGACUCGAGCAAGAGGCUCCUAACAAGCCCCAGGAGCGAGAAGCAGUAAGGUAAGGAUCACAAGUCACUGUCCUUCCUUUUUUCUUUUUAAUAGUGGUCAGCCCUGUCUGAUUUCAUGCAAACACUGAGUACCUGAAACGCUGAAGGGAAUGGGACAUGCUGGUUUUGUUGGUGCCUGUUAGAGACAGUGGGAGGAGAGCAUUACAGAACAGACUUGCAGCACUGCAGACUGUAAAGAGGCACCUGGGAGAAUUGUCUCCAAAAGAGGCUGUUUUGUUUAGAAGUAUAAAGGAUCUCCCCGAAUGGAGCACGUUUUCUCCUAGUCUGGUCUCCAGAAGCAGCUCUUACAGACAGGAUGAUACUCCUCAUGUCCCUGAUGAGAAGCUUGGAGAGGAAAAAGUUCUGCACAUAAUAGAAAAUCUGACUUCUCUGAUAAAGGAGACAUUUCCAGAUACUAAAGUCUACGCUGCAAUGGGCAACCAUGACUUCCACCCCAAGAAUCAGUUUCCAGGGAGGAAGCACAGGAUCUACAACAGAACAGCUGAGCUGUGGCGUCCCUGGCUGAGUGAUGCUUCCAUUCCUCUUUUCAGAGCAGGAGCUUUCUACAGUGAGAAGCUGCCCGGCACAAAUGCAAGGGGGAGAAUGGUUGUCCUCAAUACCAAUCUGUACUAUGACCAGAAUGAUGAGACAGCUGGUGAGGAAGAUCCUGGAGGGCAGUUCCAGUGGCUGGAAGAAACACUGACCAAUGCCUCUAGAGCAGAUGAAAUGGUCUACAUCGUGGGGCACGUCCCUCCUGGCUUCUUUGAGAAGAAACGAGGCAAGUCCUGGUUCCGGAGCCGCGCGAAUGAACGAUACUUGGAGAUCGUGCGGAAGCACCACAGAGUGAUUGCUGCCCAGUUCUUUGGGCACCAUCACACAGACAGCUUUCGAAUGUUUUACAGUGAUACAGGUUCUCCAAUCAAUGUAAUGUUCUUGGCCCCUGGAGUGACUCCCUGGAAAACAACAUUACCUGGAGUGAACAAUGGAGCCAACAACCCUGGGAUUCGGGUGGUUGACUAUGAUCCAGACACCCUUCAGGUGUUGGAUAUGGUGACUUACUACUUUAACCUCAGUCGUGCCAACAUGAUGGCCCCAACGUGGGAGGAGUUCCCAGCUUGGGAGGAGGAGUACAGGCUGACAGAAGCCUUCCAGGUCCCGGACGGCUCCGCGCGGUCCAUGCAGGCGGUGCUGGAGGGGCUGUGGCAGGGUCGGCUCCUGCAGCUCUACCACCAGUUCAACUCGGUCAGCUACGACCUCAGCCCCUGCGAGGGGCCCUGCCGGCUGGAUCAUGUCUGUGCCAUCAGGGAAGUUGAUUUUACAAAAUACAAAGAGUGCACCAGCAGCACUGGCUCUGCCAUCGCCAGUGUUGGGCUUCUAUUUUUCUGCUUCCUCUUAGGAUGUCUCAGUGCCCAGCAAGUGCUGUGAUGAAGAACAUGAAGAGAACACAAGUUCAUGACACCCGGGUCAGUGUGAGGGCUUUUGGCACUGAGAACUUAGAAACCAAGACAAAAUCAAUGGCUUUUACUAAAAGCCCUGUGAUGUUGAUUUGAAAUCUAGAAAAGCUUGAUGUAUCAGGAAGGGGCUGCAGUCAUCUUGUGCCAGACUGACUUGCAGCAGGGGAGUCUGUCCCUUCUGCUGUCCCUUCUGAGAUAGUGUCACAAAUUGGAUGCAGACCAGGGCUCCCCAUGGACUUCAGCUUAUGAUGGGUGAGAGCUGUGAGAUGCCACAUGUUCCUGAGGAAAUCUGCUGCCAGGGGGGCUCCUUGUGUCGGCACAUGCUUCUCUUCUGGAAAGACCGUACAGUGGGUGACCUGGAAGGUCUUUGAUUUGGUGGCCUUGUGCAGCACCAGCUUUGCCUUUGGCUUACAAGCAAAGCCCGAUGGGACUAGUUCUUCCUUUGGCAGUGUAUGAACUGCAGCAGGUCUGAGCCUUGACUUUCAUGUGUCAGUACCCAUGAAGAGCAUCCAGGAUAAGAAGCUGAACAUAAACAGUUCUUCGGUGC